UCUUCCCUGCCCUUCUCUCUUCUACAGUAUCUGUUACCUCAGUCAGAUUGAAGAUGCACAUAUGUGGGGAAGAUAAUCGACUUCCAGCCUCCUUCAUGUAAUCUCUUCCUGAUUUAGGAAUCUCUAACCCAGUACCGGAACGUUAAGCGGCUUCUCCGCUUUCCUGCCGUGAGAAACUCGAGGUGACAACCUCCGCUUCCGGUUGGUUCCGGUUGCAGAGUUGAGUGUCCUGAGAGGUCAGAUUGCAGUCAGGUUCCUUACAGGGACAAUAAUUAAAAAUUGGUUGAAAAACACUGCGUUAGAAGCUGCCUGUAUGUUUCUGUGAUUCCAUCUCCUCCACCAAGAGACAUGGCCUAUGGACAUGAACAUGAACAUGGACACCAUAAAAUGGAACUUCCAGAUUAUAGACAAUGGAAGAUAGAAGGGACACCAUUAGAAGAUAUCCAGAAGAAGCUGGCUGCAAAAGGGCUAAGGGAUCCAUGGGGCCGCAAUGAAGCUUGGAGAUACAUGGGCGGCUUCGCAAAGCCUGUUUCCUUUUUUGAUGUAUUCUUUAAAGGAUUCAAAUGGGGAUUUGCUGCAUUUGUGGUAGCUGUAGGAGCUGAAUAUUACCUGAAUUCCCUGAAUAAAGAUAAGAAGCAUCACUGAAGAUAAUACCUGGAAGUAUCAUAGUGGUUUCUUAACUCUCCAAAAUAAGAUUUCUUCACUAUAGCCUACUCAUCUGGUUUGUCCCUUACAGAAUAUUAGUAAGAUUUAAUAAAGUAAAAUAAAAUAUAUAUAUGCCAA